GAUCAAGAUCUUCAUCAAAAAAAAAAUAGAGUUGAGGUUGUCUUUAUCUUUACUACAACGUAGUUGUGUAUUAAGUCCUGGUAAAAAAUAGUAUCAUGAACACGAUGAAGAAAUAUGACCGAACCGACAACGUCCUUGGUUCUCCGUAGGUGCCACUCUGCCUUACAUCGAGCAGCUGGCGCAUGACCGCAUCGAAGCCUGAACCUGUUGAAGCCGCUUCAUCAAUCUCGACGGUAUUUCACUGGCGAUAACCUGCUGGUGGGCGAACACUCGCAGGCACUCCUUACACGAACAACUGUGCGGUGGACAGCAUUUGUCAUCGGCAUAAUAUUCCAAGGUCGAACGACAAGGACAACAGACUUGUCCCCUUCAAUCUGAUCCUAUUUUACCUUCUGUCCGUCGGACAAGGAGAAGAACCGAAAAGAUGCCGCGUGAGAUCAUCACUCUACAAGUGGGCCAAUGCGGCAACCAGAUCGGUAUGGAGUUCUGGAAGACGCUUUGCGCUGAGCAUGGGAUCAACCAAAAGGGAAUUCUGGAAGACUAUGCGACGCAUUUAGCGGAUGAUAGGAAGUUAAGGCAAGUAAGUCUACUUGGGAUGGUGAUUAACUCGUCAUGACCUUUACAGAUUUGAUUGUGUCUGGGAUUGACCAAUGACAGUGAUGUCUAGCGCAUUGAUGUCUAGCUCCAUAAGAAACUAUAGAAGCUGGAUGAAAUCGAAAAGAAUUAGAAUGGGACAUGACUAAAUAAAAAGCAAAAUAGAGCACAGCCUCUUCUAAGAACAGAUGUUUUCUUCUAUCAAGCAGACGACGAGCAUUACAUACCACGGGCGUUGCUCAUCGACUUGGAGCCCAGAGUUAUCAACGCUAUCCAGAAUUCCGCUUAUUCAGACCUUUACAACUUAUGAGGAUCUUGCAGUGGUUUUUCAUCAUGAUGAAGAUGUUGUAUUCUUCAAGGAACGCAAAGUCAGGUUGUUCACUUGAUGACAAAGUCAGGUUGUUCACUUGAAGUCAGGUUGAUUCACUGAUUGAUUACUAAUCUUCAUCAUGAUGAAAAACCACCUAGGACAUCAAGACUUUCCUCUAAGAAACCCGGAAAACAUCUUCAUGAGCAAAGAAGGCGGAGGAGCAGGGAACAAUUGGGUAACGAUAGACUAGAGAAACAAUAGACUAGAGAAAUCACGUCUAACUACAACAUUUGGACAAUAGACUAGAAAAAUCACGUCUAAGUCCAACACUGGGAUUUGAUGUACUAGAAAUUAUUCGAAAGCUCAAAAUAACCGAGUUACUAACUGAAAUAAGGGAGGCACUAGCUUAUAGCAUCAAGGCUAUCCUUCCUUCUCAUCAGUAUCUCGGUUAUUCUGAUCAGUUACUUGCUUAUUUCAGUUUUUCGAACUCAUACGACUUUUGAUGCCAUACUAGGGCGUCGAUGUCAGGACUUUUUUACGAAAAAGCUGAAUGCUUCAUCGGCGUUUCCGUUUCCAUUUCCGCCAGAUUUCCUCACCAACAGGCGAAGGGCUUUCACGCGGGAGAAAAGCAUUGCGAGGAGAUAUUCGAAAUGAUAGAUAGAGAAGCAGAUGGGAGUGACUCGCUCGAGGGUUUCACGCUUAUCCACUCUAUUGCAGGAGGUACGGGAUCCGGUAUGGGGAGUCAUAUACUCGAAAAUAUCAAUGACAGGUACUCGACACCUUUAUCCCGAUGGAAUUUGGUUGUUUACUAGGUAGAUGUAGAUGUAGUAGUUUUUAUUGCAUGUUCGUCGGUCUUACUGCACAUCUUCCUCUUCGUCACCUCCAGGUAUCCCAAAAAGCUGAUGAUGACCUAUUCGGUCUUCCCACUGCUGUCUUCGGAAACCAGUGACGUUGUGGUCCAGCCAUAUAAUAGUGUCUUGACCUUGAAGAGACUGGCGCUCAACAGUGAUUGCGUGGUGGUUUUAGACAACACCGCUUUGAACCGCAUUGCAGUGGAUCGCUUGAAGCUGCAAAAUCCAACGUUUGCGCAGACAAACACUCUCGUCUCAACGGUAAUGGCUGCGUCAACGACGACUUUGAGGUAUCCGUCAUAUAUGAACAACGACCUAGUCGGGAUAGUGGCAUCCCUAAUUCCGACACCAAGAUGCCACUUCCUGAUGACCGGAUACACGCCAUUGAUGAUCGAUAGUUAUGGAAAGAGCAACUAAUGAAUGAGAAUAUAUGACUCAUCACAUCAUCAGCAGCUCCUCUACUUCAUCUUUGAGAUUACUUACACUGAGAGUUUCUUGAUAAUAUUCUAAGGUCUACAUGCUUAUUCACAUCAACUUCUCAGACAGCUGACAGGUUGAUGUUGUGUUUGGUGCUAAAAAAGAUUCAGAUACUCCUCAAAAAUGAUUUCAUCCUCUAACGGCCGCAAAUCACCGCUGUCCGCAAGACCACAGUUCUCGAUGUGAUGCGGCGACUCUUGCACGCCAAGAAUAUCAUGGUGUCGUGUUCGACGCGUCGUGGCGUGUACAUCUCGAUACUGAAUAUCAUCCAAGGUGAAGUGGAUCCGACCCAGGUACACCGAAGUCUCCAGAGGAUACGAGAGCGACGACUAGCGAAAUUCAUCCGGUGGGGACCAGCGUCGAUCCAAGUUGCAUUGAGCAGACAAUCGCCGUAAUAAAAUGUCUAUGAUGAUGAUGAUGAUGUGAAUCUACUCGGCAAUGUUAAACUGUCUAUAUUCAUAAAUAUUAAGACUAGUAGUUGUGACAUGAUGAUGAGACGAUAUUAAAGAUUAGAGUAAAAAUAGUUGUAGUUUGCGAUUGAAAUGGAGGUACUCUCUGUCUGCCUUUGAAAGUUUCAACAUCUUGUUGAAAAGAAUUUCCAAGGCUCACCACAGGUACGUCCAGCACCAGAACAAGGUAUCUGGUUUGAUGCUUGCGAAUCACACAGCCAUAGCAGGCUUGUUUGACCGCUGCAUCAAGCAGUAUGACAAGCUCCGAUCCCGCAAUGCUUUCUUAGAGAACUAUAGGCAGGAGGCGAUGUUCUCAGAUUCACUGGAGGAAUUCGAUGUGAGUAAGGAAACCGUUUUAUCCCUGUCAGAGGAGUACAAGGCUGCGGAGACAGAAGAAUACAUCAGGUGGGGUGGCGCGGGCACUGGUGGUGGUCACGGUGGAGGAUUGUUGGAACCAGGUGCAUAAGUCCAAGUGAAGCUGUCUCGUCAACAACCAAGAGGACCUCUCACAAAAGUACUUACAUUACACGACAGCAGCCCCUUUCCGCUAGUACAACACGAAUUUGAACAGAGCUUUGUCCUUUUGGUCUCAUAAGGAACAGAAGAACUUAAACUCUGCUGUGAAAACUAACGAAAUCUAGAGAGAUGGUGAAUGUGUCCUCUACAACUGUUGUUGAUGGCCGAUGCGCGACGUACACCUAGCGGAAAGAUAUUGAACAAGAAAUGAG